AUGAUUAAUGACGAUACCAGGAUACUUCAUUUUAAGUAUUCCUUUUCCAUCAAUCUUGGCUUUAUUUACUUCACACCUUGGAGAUUGCUGGCUAUAAUUUUGUCUUUGCCACUUGGUAUCAGUGCACUGGGUCUUCAUUUCUUCUACGAGAGUCCCAAGUUCUUAGUUAACAUAGGCAAGGAAGGUCAAGCGUUGAAUCACCUUCAAGGAAUUUGGGCUAGGAAUGGAGGAAUCCAUGAAUAUCCGGUUCAAAAAGUUUACCUGAACGAAGAACAGAAAGUAAAUCGGAAAGGCGUUUCGAUUCUGCAAUCGCUUGUGGAUCAGACGAUACCUCUCUUCAAGCCACCGCUACUGUUGAAUUCCUUGCAAAUGUUUUAUUUGAUUACCAUAAUUUACAGCAUCAACAACAGCCUGGUAAUGUGGAUGCCAUUAAUAGUAGACGCAUUUGGGUCUGGAGUCCACGCUGAAGGGAAACAAGAUUCUACAAGUCUAUGUUCCAUUAUAUCUAGCACGGAGGGAGGCAACAGUACCAUAUUUCACAGCUGUACUUCGUCAAUAGAACUGAGCACUUUACUAUCAGGUGUAGCUCAUGGUAUUAUUUUCUCUGGCGUCACGGUCUGCGUGUCUAAAUUGGCUUCUAAGAAGAAGUAUUUGCUGAUAACCUUCCUGCUGAUCACGAUGCUGUCGACCCUGGGUGCAGUCUUCAACGAGAAUAACGUCGUCAGUCUCGUGCUGUUUGUUGGCAUGCUGAUGACUAAUUUAUGCAUGGGAAUCCUGUUUACUUACUACGUGGAUAUG